UGAAGUCUGCAGACAGUAUGUAUGUACUCUUUUGGCUUGUCCUGCACUGUGUAAUAUCUCCAGAAGUGAUGGCUGGUACAGUUUAUCAGUUUCCCCCAUCAGUGCAAGUGAGAUCGGGUGACACGGUGACCAUGCACUGCCAGCUGAAUGAGGUACAGUCAUUUUGUCACACACUGGCCUGGGUGAGAGUUCACCCAGAGAGUGGAAUAAUAUUCAUUCUGCAGGACUCAGCCAUCCCAAUUCAGAUCACAGAUCAGGCGACGAGCACGGUAUGUCAGGCUUCUAUCUAUAAUGCAGUGGUACAAGACUCUGGGACAUAUUACUGCAUCGCUACAGACCGUGAGCAAAUGUACAUCGGGAAUGGCACAACUGUAACAGUACAAGCUGUCAGCACAGUGUCUGAACCAUCUAUUGAAGUCAUGGCAUUUGCCAGCAGCAACAAACACGACUCCACAAUCACUCUUCAGUGUACGAUUCGGGGAUUUGCUCCUUCACAGGUCUAUGUGUACUGGCUCAUAGGUAGCAAAAAGGAGAGUGGACAAACAGGAUUUUUCUGGGAGGAAAACAGAGAAAACUCCUCUGUGAUAACUCACAUUCAUUUUGCAGUAUCAGAUGAGGAGUGGAGGAGAGUAGGAGAGAGUACCUGUGUUGUAAAAUUUGCUGGAUACAUGUUCAACAAAACUCUACAUUAUUAUGAUAUCCAGGACACUUGUUAUACUGUCGUGAAAACAACAAGAAUUUGGGGACUUGUAACAUCUCUCCUUUUUUUCAUGACCUCACUUAUAUUAGCUGAAUGCUAGUAACCCACAGACUUUUAUUCUUUGACCAUUUGACCUGAAAACAUGCUGUAGAUAAGCUACUUACAGUAUAUCUUUACUUGGGACAACAAAAAGCUGUGAUCAAGCUGUGAAAUUCUUAUAAUACUUUAAUUAAUGGGGUUCAUGAACGACUAGUAAGUAAUUUACAAAUGCAUUAUAAGUUACUGAUAUGCCAUUUUUACCUCACAUGUUAUAAAUGCUUAAGAACACUUUUUCAACACUUGUAACCUAUGAAAAUUGACCUUAAUGUAAAGUGAACCCAUACACUAACUCUAUUAGGAACACUAUGUUCCUAAUAAAGUGCCCGACGUGGUCUUCUGCUGUUGUAGCCCAUCCACCUCAAGGUUCGACAUGUGCAUUUUGAGAUGUUAUUCUGCUUACUACAACUGUACAGAGUGGUUAACUGAGUUACUGUAGCCUUUUUUUUUUUUUUUCAGCUCAAAUCAGUCUGGCCAUUCUCUGUUGACCUCUCUCUUCAACAAGGCAUUUCCAUUUGCAGAACUGCCCCUCACUGGAUGUUUUUUUGUUUUUGGCACCAUUCUGAGUAAACUCUAGAGACUGUUGUGUGUGAAAAUCCCAGGAGAUCAGCAGUUACAGAAAUACUCAAACCAGCCCAUCUAGCACCAACAAUCAUGCCACACUCCAAAUCACUGAGACUAAGACUAGACAAGUUAGGACACCACUCGAAGUAGCACAGUUCUUUUGACAUCAAUGUGAAAAGGAAAGUGACAACACAAGUGAGUCUAGAGAUUACAGUAAUGAAUAUAAACACAAAGCGGAUGUAACAAAAUUACAUAAUCCUGCCUUUUAAUUUGACUAUAAUAAUCUAUUUUUGCUGUAUUGUCACAAAAAUCAUGAAUUAGGGCAUUUUUAUAUAAGUAUGUUUAAAUGCUCACUAUUUGGCAAGUAAUGCAUGAAAGUUGCCCUUUUUAUUCUUGCUGUUAUAACUGUAUAUCGAUUCAUAAUGCAUUUAUAAAGGACUUAUUAGUCAUUAAUAAGAUGCUUUAUCGGUGGUCUUCGGGCGCUACAUUAAGCAACUCCUGAGGAAUUGCAUUAUCUAACUGACUUGGACUUUAACUUGUGACAACUUUCCAUGAAAUGCUGGCUGUGUUUUUUUACAAAUUGCUUAAUGUCACACAGAUAAAUAAAUAAGUCAUUAAUAAACAGCUUUAUAAACCCCUCAAAAGGUGACAUUAAUGUAAACUGUUACCGAAAUUCCUACUCCACGGAGACAAAUAAUCUGCAAACAGUCCAAGGUUUAUUAUCACAGUUAUUACAAAUCCUAAGUAACAAAAACAGGCAAAUUCUAAAACCCCAAAAUGUGGGAAGUGCAAAGACUACUACUACUGUACUACUACUACUACUACAAGAAAUGAGCCCUCAUGUGGUGAACUCGAAGAACUGACAAAAAAUGGUUGAGAUAGUGUUGAGAUGCCACACACUUGUUCCAUACUGAAUACAAAUGCUAAGUACAAGUACAUCUAUGUGCUAGCCUUUAUUCACAAAAGUUUCAGUAUACCUUAUAAUUGAACAAAAACAACCUGAACAAUAAAGCAAUCAUAUACUGUAAUUAAAUGGCACACGUCACAGCUAAUAGGUCAAACAUCUCAACACAGAUAAAGAUUGAAGACUGAUAAGUCUGCAAUUCUGUUCCCAUUUUCCACCAUACUACAUCCACAAUACUGAUAAAUCCAUCCAUGUCUUCAGUCUUCUGUGCUAUGGCUUUUUGAAUUACUUCAGAUGCAGAUGACAUUCUGAAGUGUAGACUUCUUUAAAUCUUUAAAUAAUAAAUGUUGAAUAAAGUAAUUUUUAAUGUCGAUGGAAUCACUUUCUUUAUUAUGCGAAACACAAAAGGAGAUAUUUUGAACAAUUUCGUGAUUGUGGAUUUCCAUGCAAUAGCAGUUUACAGUGAUUCAUUUCAAAGCUUAUAAAAGGACCAAAAAGUAUCAUAAAGGAUGUCCAUGUGACUCGUGCAUCCUAUUCCAAGUCUUCUGAAGGAAUACAAUAGGUUUGGUGAGAAAUAAAUAGAAAUGUUUCAUAAAUAAGUCAUUUUUCAGUGAAAAUCUUUUGCACAUUCAUGAGUCCUCUGAGAUAUUCUUUUCACAGCGGCACGCGUGAAAAUCAAAUAAAAAAUACUGUUUCAGUAGCAUUCAGCUAUUAUAAACACGUACUAGAAGCAUUUCAAGGAAUGAAUAUCGAAAGCUAAUGAAAUUUUAGGUUUUCGUGAAUACUGAAUAUUACACCAGUGAGACCUGAAAACCUGCUUUUGUUAAGCAAAAACAUUUCUUAUAUGGGACCAAGCGUAGGCAUAAUCAAAAAAUAAUAUUGAUCAUUUAUGUAAUAUAUUUUAGAUCCAAGCAUAGGAACAAUUCUUAUAAUAGUUUAUUGUUUGGUGUCUGAUUCCUUCUAGUGCAAAAACAGCCUGACAAGAAAUGACUGACAGUUACAAAACAUGCUCAUCACAGUUCAUCACUAUUCAAAUUAUUGCUGACAAACACAAUUGGACUUUGGCAAACAUGUCCCAAUACCGUCCACACCAAGAUAUGCCUGGGACUUUAUCACUGUCACACAUGUUGGUUACUGUGCAAUCUAAACACAAAUUUUCUUACACUUUCAGAAACGUUAAGGUUUUACAAAUUCAAUGUAAACAUCAAACUGAAUAAUUAACAAUAAAAAUAAAUCACAAUUAUCUGUAUAAUUAUAGAUCUGUCUCUGUAUUAUUAUUAGACUCUAAUGUGUUGCUUACCACUGCAGACAAACUUUCAGUCAGUGUGCUUUGUUUACCUGUUAAAGUGUAAAUAAAAUAUGUUGAGUGAGUUCUAUAAUAAAAGGAGAGAGUUAUACAGUUUAAUUAUUUAUUAGAGUUAAAACAAGUUAUUACAUAUACUGGCAGAUUUAGUGCACAGGCUAUACGCACAGACAGUUACGGUGGAAUUGUCAUAUUACAAUAGUUCAGAAAAUCUUUCCAAGUAUGCCUGAAACAAAAAUGCUUUAUAGUUUAGUACUGUUGCUUCUGAUUUCAAUAAUGAAUUAUAGAAUCAUGGGGCUG